AUGUUUGUGCCUGAUGCAACUCCAUUACCCCCACUCCCUGACGAGAAAGUACUACUUGCAAUGGGUGACCCUCCAUCCUUGCUGCCACCUGUGUCUCCACCAUCACCUCCUCCUGUGUCGCAACCUAUGUCUCCACCGUUACCUCCUCCUGUGUUGCCAUCUGUGCCUGCACCUGCUUUGCCAUCAAAGAGUAGAAAACGAAAGCAAGUAAGUCUCUGUGCACAUGUCAUGAAAGUACAAAGGCAGAAGGUAGCAAGAGCUGAUGUGAACCCAAACAGCCCCAUCGAUGUGGAUGACUACCAGGUUUCCAUGCAACCACAACAUCCAAAGCAAUGGUUACAAGAGCUCGGAUUGGACAAUGGGGAUAGAAAGACUAUUCAGUCACCAACGGGUUGGCUGAAUGACAAUGUCAUCAACGCAGCCCAGCAAUUACUGCAGAAAGCCAAUCCAGCUAUGCCAGGCCUCCAAGAUGUUGCUUUGGGGUUGACUUUGUCAUUUCAAGUGCAGCCUCAAGAGUUUGUACAGGUACUGCAUGAUGGACAUGCUCAUUGGUUGACUGUGUCCAACAUUGGACUGCAACACUCUCACGUACACGUGUUCGAUAGCUUACGUUCAGCUGCAUCUUCGAGUUUGAAACUACAGAUCUCCAGCCUUCUUGUGACAAAAGAGCCCCACAUCACCCUGGAGUACAUAGAUGUUCAGCGACAAGUGGGAGGAUCAGACUGUGGCCUGUUUUCGAUAGCAUUCGCUACUGCAUUGGUUUUUGGACAACACCCUGGACAACUGGUGUUUGACCAAAAGCAGAUGCGAACACACCUACUGCAAUGUUUGGAAGCUAGUGAAAUGUUACCGUUUCCCGUGAAGAAGAUGAAGCGCACGAUACAAAUGAAGGCAAUUCAGAAAGUAAAAGUGUACUGUGUAUGCCGCAUGCCGUCCUGCACCAACUCUGACUGGAUAGAAUGCUCUACCUGCAAGGAGUGGUAUCACAGUGACACAUGUGUCAAUGUGUCCAAAAGCUUGCUGCACCCAAGAAGGCCGUGGAGCUGUACCAAAUGCAAUCCUGCUUGA